AUGUGGGAAGAGCCUGAUGAGAUAGCUCAUUGCUAUAUGGUGCCAAGCAUGACCAACACUCUGUAUAAGCAACUGGAGAGCUAUAAGAUUGCUAAAGUGAUUCUAGAUAAGCUAGAAGACAUGUUUAGAGGCCAAGCUAUGUUGGCUCAACAGUCUGCUAUAACUACCUUAAUGAAUGCCCAACAAAAAGCUCGACACUUCGGCCAAAGACCAUAUGUUAACUACACCACUCUUUGUUUUGCUCCCUACGGCGAUCAUUGGCGCAACCUACGUCGACUCUCCACCAUCGAUAUCUUCUCCUCCACUCGUUUGAACAUGUCUUUAGACAUUCAUAGGGAUGAAGUCAGCCACUUGUUGCGCCGAUUGUACCAGGUUUUCGCCGAUGGGUUCGCCAAGGUAGAGCUGAAAUCAUUGUUUUCGGAGCUGACGUUUAACAUAAUCAUGAGAAUGAUGGUUGGGAAGCAGUAUUUCGACGACGAAGCUACCCAGAAUUCUGACGAAGGGAGGCGGUUCCAGGAGAUGAUUAAGGAGCUUUUCGAAUUGGCAGUGUCUUCAUAUCCUGGAGAUUUCCUGCCAAUACUGCAGUUGGUUGAUUACAAUGGAUACAUCAAGAGAAUUAAAGACCUGGCCAGUAUAACAGAUGAAUUAACGCAAGGAAUGAUCGAUGAACAUAGAAGCAACAAAGGCGAUUUGAACAUCAAAAACACUAUGAUAACCCAUUUGCUAUCUAUGCAAGAAUCUCAGCCGGAAUAUUGUACUGAGGAAAUCAUCAAAGGACUCAUACAGGUCAUAUUAAAUGCAGGAACUGAUACAACAGCAAUAACAUUGGAACGAGCAAUGUCUAAUCUGUUGAACAAUCCUCAUGUGCUAGAAAAAGCUAGAGCUGAAUUAGACAAACUUGUCGAUCAAGAAAAACUGGUGGAAGAAGCUGAUGUUGCAAAAUUACCUUACUUACAACGAGCAAUGACAACCUAA